AUGAAAGGCUUCAGGCAGAGGGUUCACGAACAGCUCUCAAGAGCGAAAGAUAACAAGUCGUCAAAGAAGAAAGACUCGAGUCCCGGCACUUCGUCCCCUUCCCAUGGCUCCACCCAGUCUCCCUCAGGCUCCGCACAGGCGACCCCUUCGUCGUCGCAGACCCAACUCGCAGAUACCCGUAAUAAGCCUCUUCCUUCCGGCGAUAGCUCUGGCAGUGUAAACACACUGCAGUCACAACAGUCGGGCCCCUCGAACAACUUGAGUGGUGGAGCACCGUUCGCGGGACAGCCAGCCUUUGGCGGCCAGGGCAAUGCAGGUGCUUCUGGUCCUGGCACACCGCACAGAGCAGGACAACCACUUGCACCCAGCGUUGUCAUCAGUCCAAGUGCACCGCACAUCCCUCCUCCAGGAGCCGCCGAGACUAUGCCCGGCGACCUCCUCCCUCCCAAGGCCGGCCAAAAGUCUUUGAUAUUCGAUCGUCUCCAGACCACACCGAAAGACAAUGUCGAAGGUAUCCGGACGCCAAAGAGGCAGCAUUCGUCCCGAUUCGACAUCUCGGACCAGCGCCAACGUGACCUGGAAAAGCUCCCUGGCUUCCACGAAGUGCCACCAAACAAACGCGAGGACCUGUUCAUGCAAAAGAUCGACCAAUGCAACAUAAUCUUCGAUUUCAACGAUGCCAGCGGGGAUAUGAAGUCCAAGGAAAUCAAGAGGCUCGCCCUGCACGAGCUCCUCGACUACGUUGCUAAUAACCGCCAAGUCAUUACGGAGAAGAUGUACCCUCGUGUUGUGGAUAUGUUCGCAAAGAACUUGUUCCGACCCAUCCCGCCUCCGAUGAACCCUCAAGGCGAGGCUUUCGAUCCCGAAGAGGACGAGCCCGUUCUCGAAGUGGCCUGGCCCCAUAUCCAGGUCGUGUACGAGUUCUUCCUUCGAUUCAUCGAGAGCCAGGACUUCAACACCAACAUCGCGAAGGCUUAUAUCGACCACAGCUUCGUGCUGAACCUACUCGAGCUUUUCGACUCGGAAGAUCCCCGAGAGAGAGAUUUCCUAAAGACGACUCUGCACAGAAUCUACGGCAAAUUCCUCAACCUUCGCUCUUAUAUUCGUCGCUCCAUAAACAACGUUUUCUUCCAAUUCAUCUACGAGACGGAACGAUUCAAUGGCAUUGCUGAGCUCCUCGAAAUUCUCGGCUCCAUCAUCAACGGUUUCGCCCUGCCCCUCAAAGAGGAGCAUAAACUGUUCCUCACCCGCGUUUUGAUACCAUUACAUAAAGUGAAAAGUUUGAGCAUGUACCAUCCACAAUUGGCAUACUGCAUCGUCCAAUUUUUAGAGAAGGACGCCGCAUUGACUGAAGAGGUUGUCCUGGGACUGCUUCGAUACUGGCCCAAGGUUAAUAGCACCAAGGAGGUCAUGUUUUUGAACGAAGUGGAGGACAUUUUCGAGGUCAUGGACCCUGCCGAAUUUGCAAAGGUCCAAGAACCAUUAUUCAACCAAUUGGCCAAGUCGGUUGCCAGCCCACACUUCCAGGUUGCCGAGCGAGCUCUGUAUUUCUGGAACAACGAAUACUUCUGCAAUCUCGUCAGUGAUAAUGUCGAGGUUAUUUUGCCCAUCAUGUUUGCGCCUCUGUACGAGAAUUCUAAGGGACACUGGAACAGGACGAUUCAUGGAAUGGUGUACAAUGCGAUGAAGUUGUUUAUGGAGGUCAACCCGCAACUCUUUGACGACUGCUCGCACGACUACGCCGAAUCGCAAAACAAUGCCGCGGAGAUCAAGCAAAACCGACAGAACAGGUGGGACCAGCUGCAGAAGCUGGCAGAGGCGAGGCAGAACGGCACGGCAACGAGCACGGCACCGCCGAACUCGGCCAAGGUCAGCUCGCCCAUGAGGAUAGACGAUUCAGACCCAUUGAGCCAGGACAGCCAGCGGCGCCUAGAAGCAUUGAGACUGCAGGAUGACGGGCUUGCAACGAACCGGCGGCCCCAAGAGUUUGAGCGGCAGAGUAGCCAGACAUCGGUACGUUGA